AUGAGCGAUGUGAGAAGCUCGUCGGUGGCGGCGAAGACGAGGCGAGCCGGCGAGCUGCAACGUCCGCUGGUGCUGACGGAGGGGGAUAAGGAGAAGGAGGGAGGGAGGAAGGGGGGAGCACAGAGCGCAGAACGGCGGGGGUAUGCGCUGAGGCGGGCUGGCGGGCGGGCGGGCGGACUGACGGCGACAGCAGCAGCAGCAGCAGUGGUUCGCCGCCCGCCGCGCUCGAAUUAUCGGAAAUCCAUCGCUCGUGUGUGCGGCACGCUGUCGUCCUUCGUCAUCGUGUAUGAGCUGCACAAUUCCAUUGGCUAA